AUGGGGAGCAGCGGGGGCAGCAGCGAGCACUUCCUGCGGCAGCUGAGUUCGAGCGACGGCGGCGGCGCGCCGCACCAGCUGCAGCAGCGGGAGUGGGAGUGCGGCGGCGGCACCGGCACCGGCAGCAGGCGCGGGUCGCGGCGCUGGUCCAGGAAGAAGGCCAGCAGGGCGCGGGGACACCGCCGGUUCUGCAGGACGGAGGAGGCUGCGGCGGCGGCGGGGCGGAAGCGGGUGAUGGUGGUGGUGGACCAGAGCUCCGGCGCCAAGCACGCCAUGAUGUGGGCGCUCACCCACGUCGCCAACAAGGGCGACUUCCUCACCCUCCUCCACGUCCUGCCGCCGCAGAGCGGGAGCGGCGGUAGCGGUGGCAGCCGCGGCGUUGCGGAGGACGCCUCCGCGCUCGCCAACUCCCUCGGCGCGCUUUGCAAGGCCUGCAAGCCUGAGGUGGAGGUGGAGGCGCUUGUGAUCCAGGGGCCCAAGCUGUCGACCAUCCUCAGCCAGGUGAAGAAGCUGGAGGCGUCCGUGCUGGUGCUCAGCCAACGCAAGCCGUCGCCUUUCUGCUGCUUCCUGCGGAGCAGCAGCGAGGAGCUGGUGGAGGAGUGCAUCAACCGGGCGGAGUGCCUGACGCUGGCAGUGCGGCGGCAGAGCAAGGGCGUCGGCGGCUACCUCGUCAGCACCCGGUGGCAGAAGAACUUCUGGCUCCUCGCUUGA